UAGAGUGAAAGCUGACGGAGCAAAUGUGAUUGACUCUUAUUUGUAAGCUCGGUGUUUGUGACAUAUUCCAAGACGGAGAUUAUCGCCUCAAAAGAAAGGUUGUAUUUUCAACCUGCAUGGAUCCAAGAAUAGCUUGGUAUCCACCGGAACAGUUGGGACACGCACAUGAUCUAUGGACGAGAAUUUGGGAAGCUCACAUAAUGUCAGGCGUGGACAAUAUGCAUCUUGGUUCAGAGGAAAGAACGUUGGAUUUUAUUCCUAUCGAAGCCGGAUUUGAUAAUCACAUACACAGAAACGAUGAUAAAAAUCAGUACAACAAAAGUCAUCAAAAUCCAUUCAAGAGGAAAAGAGAAAAUCGAGCUAGUACUUACGGUUUAAAUCACUCCUGUUACAAGCAUUUAUUAGGGGAAGAUGGCGGCUUGACACCUUGGAAAAUCAGAGGCAAAAAAUACAGACCUGGUAUUAUUGGGCUUCAUGAAGAGAUUCUCGACUUUUUCAAGUACAUGACUCCCAGACCAGAGGAGGCUCAGAUGAGACGAGAAGUAGUAGAGAGACUACAGGACGUCAUUCACGAUUUGUGGCCUGAUGCUAAGGUGGAAAUAUUUGGCAGCUUUCGUACAGGCCUCUACCUUCCAACCAGUGACAUUGAUCUGGUUGUGUUUGGCGAUUGGGAUAAUCUUCCACUGUGGACCCUACACGAGGCAUUACUGGUGAAUGGAAUUGCAGAUGCAUCCAGCAUCAAAGUGCUUGACAAGGCUUCAGUGCCCAUUGUUAAGAUGACUGACCUGGCCACUGAGGUGAAAGUGGACAUCAGUUUUAACAUGGUCAAUAAUAACGGAGUUGCCAGUGCCGAGCUGAUUCAGGACUACCUACAGAAGUAUCCCAACUUGCAAUACCUGGUGCUCGUACUAAAACAGUUCCUGCUGCAGCGUGACCUCAAUGAGGUGUUCACCGGUGGAAUCAGCUCGUACAGCCUCACCUUGCUCACAAUCAGCUUUCUACAGCUUCAUCCAAGGACCGAUGCUACCGACAUGCGUGCUAACCUUGGAGUACUGUUGAUAGAAUUCUUUGAGUUGUACGGCAGGAAUUUCAACUACCUGAAGACAGGUAUUCGAAUAAAGAAUGGUGGAGCUUACGUGCCAAAAGAUCACAUUGUUCGAGAGAUGGAGAGUGGCUACCGUCCUUCCUUACUUUGCAUUGAAGACCCUCUCACUAAAGGCAAUGACAUUGGCCGAAGUUCUUACGGUGCUAUGCAAGUGAAACAAGCCUUCGAGUAUGCAUAUCUGGUGUUGUCUCAUACUGUGGCACCACUGAAUAGUCACUUCCUGCGGGGAAAUCACAGCAUUCUUGGCCGUAUUGUACGGGUGACAAAUGAAGUGGUUGAAUAUCGAGAGUGGGUUCAGGCUAACUUCGGUCCCAAAGAUUCUCUGUCAACACAGAACACUGUCCCAGUCCCAGUUCCAACUUACGCCAGUGUGGCCACCUCAAGAAUCAACCUGGCUAACUCUACGGUCAAACACUGCAGCAUCAACAACAACAACAUUUUGCACAAGUCCAAGUGUGAUGUUGAGCCCGUUGGACAGGUUUCCCCUGGCGACAGUGAGAACUCGGACUACGGAAACAGUUCGGGCUACAAGUCAUCGGCCAGCUCUAGUGCUUCAAGUUCUUCGAGCUUAGCAAGCGACACGGACGAAGAUGCCAACAUGGAGUCCAAGUUGUGUCAUCCCCAGCAAAAACCCAUCCGUGCUAGUUCUGUUCCUGUGAGGGAGUUUGCACGAAGUCGAGACUUUAACAAACAUCCCCACGUGGGCAAGUCGCGCGACGGCAGCACGAGCAGCGUAUCGUCAAACCGCUCUGUGACGUACCGAUCGGCGUCCGUUAGCAAGACGUACUGCUCUGCCGCGCAGUCGAGCGGUCCUCAGAAUAGUGCUCCCGUCGUGCAGAACAAGACUUACCACAGGCAACAUAGUGCACCAUCUGCAAACAAGGUUUUCAAACCCUCCAACGGCAAAAGGCGGAAAAACUCGACUAACAAAAAGGAAAAUAUUCAGAUUUCUAGCAAUGGGUACAGAUGAUAAUGAGCUGAGCGGUACUGGUGGAUGUUUUGUACAGAUAACGUAGAGAGAGCUUGUGUAUGAUAGCGGGCAUCCAUCGCUUUUCACAAUUCUCAGAAACAGAAACAAUGUGUGUGUGUGUGUGUGUGUGUGUGUGUGUUUGUAGUGUGUGUGUGUGGGCAUGAACAUAAAAAUGUGUAAGCAAAUGAUUUCUGAAUGGAUGUAAACUUGACCGACUUCAUUCUGUCUCACCUGACCAUUGAUUGGAUUAGCAUACCUGUAAAUUAUUUGUGAAUUGAAUGGAAAUGAUGGAUGAAAAAUGCAUAAAUCAUGUGUCAGUGUUUUGUUUUGUGUAAAUAAUUAUCUACGUAUGUUUAAAAAAAAGAAGAAUAGUGUUCCAAGUUACCAUACAGCUUAUGCUUCUGAAUCGGUAUCUGUUUUGAUUCAUAGUGGAACAUACUGCAGAAGACAAGAUCGAGGUUUAAAUAUCAAUGAAGAUAUUGUUUGGAGGAGCUGUGCAAAUCUUCCAGUCUGAUAAAUUCCAUUUCUUAAAAGGCAGUGUAACUGAUUUCUCAGAACACCAAAUCUGUGAUUUCUCAAAAGGAUGGAGAAACAUUGUCAUCAUUUAAAAACUACAAAAAAAUUGCCAUUACAUGAAGACCAGUGAAAACCAUGCAAAAAACAUUGUUGCUAUUGGUACAAGACUGUUUUUACAUUCACAUAACGACACCAGUUUAUUUAUUUAUCCCAGUUACUUAGAUCAAUGUUUAAUGCUGAGUUGACCAUAGUUUACUGGUUUAAAAUUAACCCCAUGAUUGAUUUCCAUUGUUGAAACAUGCAUAAUGUGUAUUUUGUCAUAAACUUGUAUUUUGUAGUUAAGUACUAGGAUAAUAAUUGUUUUUUGUUUACUAGUUUCAGAUAGGAUGAAAUGCAAUUAUUUACUAGUUUGAGGUAAGUUAACAUGCCAUUUAGUAUCACACGUCAGUGUUAACUUGUCAAUUAGAAGCAUCACUAAUGUGUAUUGGUAAGGAUUGCUACGACCAUAAUUUGGUUUUUAUCAUCAUGUGGGUCCCCUGUUUAGCGAUAUAUAUCUAGUAAGAUUAAUACAUUUACAUCUAGGAGUCUUCUAACAAAAUAAGAAAAAGACACAACAAAGUUUGUUACUUAAAUUACAUUUGAGUCACUUCAGUGAAGUAAAGUUAUUGUGACUUGUAAGUCCCUUUUGUUAAAAAUUGUACUCUUAUUUUUCUUUUCCCCAUCAAAAAAAAUCUAAAUUUGAAUAUGUUCAGACUUUUGAGUAUGACUGAUAAGGAUUUUUUCAGAAAUUAUUGAAUAUGUUGGUACAGGUAGGGUGUAUCAUAAUAUAUUGAUAUACCUCUUGAAUUGUAAUAUAUAUUGAUAUACCAGUAACAGCACUCAUUGUUAAACAGUUAUUUAUUAACCUGUUGACUGACAUUAGUGACAGAAAAAAAUUAGCAUAAUGUAUAUGCAGUUUACAAUGGACAACAGCUAGAAUAUACUCUUUUCUAAUCAUACCCAGUACUUUUUUAAUUUUAGUUUUAAGGAAUAGAGCAAUAAAGAGCUAUACUUACUUCAUGAAGAGGUUACCUUGAAGUGUACUUUCAUUUAUAACAUAUAACAGUACAACCAUAAACUCCCACUGUAUUGCUUCAUGCCUAAAUAAAUACCGUUUUAAGAAAACUAGAGGGUUUUGGCCAGUAAUAACUAAAUAUAACCAAAAAAGAAAGAAUUUUUUUUAACACAUUUUAAUUACAGUUGUAUGGUGUUGGACUAAAUAGGCAACGAGGAGUGUUAAUAAGUUUGAUAUUUUUCUGUAUCCUGGCUUUGUGACCUAGAUAUAUAUUGAUUUUAUUACUUGUUGAGUUUUGUUGAUACUGUAAGUCACUUCAGGUGAUUUUUACCACACUUAUUUUCUUAGCAAACAUUUGCUGCGACACUUUGGUGGAAGUCGCCAAAAAAAAAAAGUGGAGUUUUUAAAAACAAAGGUACAUUUUUAUCACCGCGCAAGAUGAUCCCAGGCGUGAAAUGUCUAACUAGUAUUGGUGAGAUGAUGAGUGCUAGUUGAGAUCAGAAAGUUUUCUUGCCCAGUCACAACCUGCAAGAGACAUUUUCCCCCCAUGUUGACAUGCACAGGUAGUCCUUUUGGAGUUUUAAAAAAAAAAAAAAAAACGUGAUCGUUGCCUUAAUUUAUCUAUUUUGCCCAUUUCUUAUCUUUCAUGUCGACAGCAAAGAUAAAGAUAUGAUUGAAAUACCCUCCAUUUUUUUAAUGUGAGCAGUUAAAUUUACUAUAAUAUGGACUUGCAUUUACUUGUUUUUCAUUUUAAAAUAAACCCGUAAGUACAAAAAAAAAACCUGAUACAAUGAGUAAGAAAACAAAUGUUAGAAAAUAAAGAGAAAUAUGCUCAGAAUGCAGGAUUUUGCCCAAAUAAUUUUUACUGGUAUCUUUAUUUUGGGAUACUUUGUUUCUUCUUUUUUUUCUUUUUUUCUUUUUUUUCUUUUCUUUUUUUUUUCUUUUUUGUCUUCUUUUUUUUAAUGGACAAAACCAUGCCAUAGUACCCAUUAUCUUAUUAACAUUGAAAAUAAAAUCAUGCUGUAUUCUUAACGCAAUAGUAAAUGUGUAUAUAUUUUACUUCAUAUUAAUGAGAUACAUCGAUUUAUAAUAGUCUUUUUAUACUGUCAGUGUGUCAGUCUUUAGUGAUAACUUGUGCUUCAACAUUCUUUAUUGUAAACAAACCCAUCUGAUUGAAAUCGGCUUGACAUCAUUUUUUAAAAUUAUAAUCUUUUUUUCUUUUUUUUUAAAGUUGCAAGGCAUGUUCACGUUUGUGGUAGUGAGUUGUUCACUUGUCUGUAACAAUCCAAAAUUGACCACGUGCCAAAACUCUGUCAACUUACAGCUGUACAAAUUGUACAUGUCGUAAAUCUUAACGCAUAUCCAGGUAGAGUAUACACCCAUGGUGUUAGCCAUGAGAUUGAAUCGGUUUGUUAUUUUGCUGUUUCAGGAGACAAUAUUUCUAAAUUUUGAACUGAUGUGUGUUCAUGUGAUGUUUACCUGGGUAAUUGAUUGUUCGGUUACCUGAAUUAUAUUUUCAUAGCCAAGUGAAUCACCAAGUCUGUUACCCUAAACUUGCAUUUUGUUAUAUUCAUCACAAUAAAAAAAUGAAGCAAUUUUUAUACUACUAGAUAAGUGACUACAUUGACAAUAUCUUCACUUUUACCAUAAGUUUGAUUAAAAGUGUUUUGCAAGUGUUGUAUGUCUGAAUGUUGUAAUUUUUAUGUUUUAGAAUAAUCCCAACAACUCACGACAUACAUGUAACCUGUUGGUGGUUUGCUUGAAUUUAAUGUUGGGCCUUAUGUUCCUGCUAAUGGUCCAGUAGUAUAACUGGUACAUACAAAUCUGUUCUGCCGUCCCAUGGGAAAGAAUGCAAGACAACUUACUGUUGACUGAAGUGGGGAUGGGAGCUGGUUUCUGAUAAACUGUAUGAUUUUAUGUAAUGCACUUGGUUAUAUGUCUUACAUUUUGCCAUUUAGUUAGCAGUGAAAACUAAUUUUGAAGAAUAAAAAAAUUCAACCCAGUGCUAACUACUCCUUUUUGUACACUGCCAGUGUUUUAGAUAUAUCUUGUUUAAAAAUAUGCUUUCUUAUCCAUUUUUGAAUUGAUAACGUACUGGUGGUCACAUUCGAUGAUGGUAAAUUUGUUUGUAAAAAUGGUACUUUCACUUUCAUUGUAAAAACUAUUUUUACUGGUCAUUUGUUUUUCUUUGUCGUCUUGUCAGCAGCCAAAAUUGUGUUUAUUCGUAUGAUUAUCAUUUAAAAACUUGCCUCAAGAUAUACUAGUCACUAGCAAAACCAUGCCACCUUUCACUUUUUUCUUAUCUUUUUGUGCAAAGAUGGAAAUACGGCUGAUUUAUAUGGAGAAUAUUUUGUUAAUUCCAGUUUGUACAUAUUAACAUAACACAAGGAUAGAAACUAACACUUGCCCCUGGGCGGUAGAAAUCACGUUGGGUGAAUACAAAUUAAACAAUGCUAUUCAUAGUUCCUAGUCCCCAGAGUAAGUAGUUAUGUUCCAACUUUUAGUGUUGAUUUGAUUUUCUCUCUUUAUUCCUGAUUUUUAAAUUCAGCAAAUCUAUAAGCCACAUAAUAAAAAAAUCCUAUGAUUUUGUCUUCUCAGGAUAUGGCACAAUGUUACAGGAUAUGUUACAGGGUUCCAAUCAUUUGGAGGUUGGAGGAUGUGGCUAGCAACCUUUCUAGGCUAAAAAUCAACCAGGGCGUUAAACAUUUCUUGGUUUUCUAACCCGGUAACAAAUCCGAUGAGAAUAGUUUAAGGGGGAAAGCAAAUCUGUCUGAAUUAAACUAGUUUUUUUGGUACAGAGGUAAACUUACUUUACAUUAUGCCAGUUAUUCUAUUUUAUUUAUUACACCUCAUCUGUUUUUCAUAUUUGUAGCACUGUAUGCAUGUUUUUUCCUCUCCUGUGAACUUCAACAUUCAUUCCAUGUUAUGUCGGUGUGUUUUUCAUUGAUUUAUUCACAUUUGUGUUGGCCACCAUGUUCCAUUUGAUACAUCAAUCAAUCACCUGAUAUUGGAUGUCAAACAUUUGGUAAUUUUGAUACGUAGUUUUCAGAGUAAACGUGUUACAUUUUUCCAGCAGCAGCAAGGGAUCUUUAAUUUAUUUGCACUAACCGACAGACAAGACAGCACAUUUUACGGCCUUAUACACCAGUCGUGGGGCAUGCUCCUUGGGAUGGGGGGUGGGGUUUGGGAACCCAAUCCAAGAAUGGGUCCACGAGGAGGUUUGAUCGUACAACCAAAGAACCUCAAGCAAGUAUUCUACUAACUGAGCCAGAUCCUGUCCCUUCCUGAUUACAUUGUUGGAAACAGAUUGCUCCCCAUUCUACAGAAUUAAUUUCGAGCCCUUGUGGAUACAAUUUAUUAUUAAAUAUCUGUAUUAGUCUUAUAUCAGUUUUAGGAUUCCGGCUGUAUGCAUUUGUAGCCACAAUGUUUUUGAAGGGAACAUCUAAAAUUAUUUAGUCAUACAGUUUAUAUAAAAAAUUAAGUGAGUUGGAUAACAUACUAUUUAAAAGUUGUUUCAGAAAUUAAGAAUCUUGGAAAGUGUGUACAUCGUUUUUUGACAAAUUUUAGUUACAAAAAAACCUUUACUAAUAAAUAACUGGCUUUCUUUUCUUUUCUUUUUUUUAGUUUUGUGAUAUUUAAAUGAUUUUGAAAGUUUGUUUUACAUAAAUAACAGUAGAUCACCAUUGAUUAUUUGGCCUUCACAGCUGUGUAUGUAUGUUAAAUGUGUUUUAUGUAUGUUAAAUAUUGAGCAGGUUUGUUCAGUUUUCUUCUCUCUUUUUUUUAUCUUUUUGUAGUAUGUUAAACAUGGAGAACGUUAAAAUGCCUGUUGUGUUCUUAACAAUUGGAACUGGUUACAUGUAUAUAAAACAGUUGGUUAGAUUAUGGGUUCAGUAAACAACAGGGUUUUUGGUUGUUUCAAAACCACAGCAGUUACGUUGUACUGUUGCAAUCUCGCCUCACUUUAUUAUGUCAUCAUUUAGUUAUGUAAAGUACAAAUGCUGCACAGUUUUAAUGAACUUAAGUGUUUCCACCAUCCACAGUUGUCAUUGACUACCUUCUCUCGCCGUGUUUAUUAACACUUUAUUACAUCGGCAUGCACUCAUAAUCAGGAGUAUGAAAAUAGUAAUUUCUCUGCGGAUAUAUAUGUUGUUGUAACAUACACUAUUAUUGGACGAUUUGGUGCUCGAUGACCUCAUCGAUAUCAAAUAUGACUUGCAAGUCAUGAUUUGGUAAGAGCACACAAAAUUUUACUUAAUAGUUAUUUAUGCCUGUUUUCAUUGUUAAAUUUGGUAAUAUGCUAUUUUAAUUUAAUUCAUUAUAGAUUUUAAAAAAAUAAAAUGAACAGAAUUUUGAGUUUUGAUAAUUUUCAAUGAAAGUUAAAGCAAUACUCAGAACUGUAAAUAGAUUUACAUUUAUUGAUAUUGAAAGAGAUGUUUUUUAGAGAAGAAAAUAGGUGAUAUAAUAAAGCUAAUAACAAAACGGUUACCAAAUUUAUGUCCUGAGUGAAAUAAUUUUCAUUGGUCUUCUGCUGUAACUCAUGACAAGUGAAAGUGAUUUCACUCGGAACAUAAAUUUGAUAAUAAUUGGUAAUUCAUAUUAUACUCUGUAUAAUGCAGAACUGUACAAGAAUUCCUACUUCUGAGUGUUUAAUGAAUAUUACUUUACAGCCAAAGGAUAUCGAAUGAAUAAUGGUAGUAAAAUGAAUGUGGGUGGUGUGCUCUAAAUGAUAAAACAAUAUGAUCGAUUUACUAACAGGAGUGUCUCCACUUCCAGUUAUACUAAUUAUAAAUACUGGUCAAAAUGUGCAAUUACAUGUUGAGAAUUUUCUUGUAAGCAAUAAGCAAGAGUAAAACAAUACUCAUUCUAUACAGUGCUGUAGUAUAUUUUCGCCACUGGAAUUUGGCAAAAAACCACCUUAUUUUUGUAAUAUAAACGUUACUACCCUUUAAAGCCCUGUCUGUGUGGUGAUGAUUUUGAAAUCAAAAUUGUUUGUUUAAAACUAAGUUUCGUAUAAGAUUAUGCUAGAUCUCUUCGAGUGUUUCAUAAUAUAGUCACAGAUUUAUUCAGGCGUUCUGUAGGUCCGAACAUAGGUUCCUUCCCAAUUUCUAAGCUACAAAUUGCCAAUGUAGAUAUUUAAUUAUGUCUGUUCUAAUAAAUUAAUUUAACUGGUGUACUUGCAUGAAAAAAUAUUACAAGUAUGAUUUACUUGUGCUACUUUUCUCAAUCCAUCGGACAUAUGGGGACUAUGCCAAAAAAAAUCCAUGAUAGUGUGGACAGUCAAUUUAGUUUCUACUUAUUUCAGUGAUGAGGAAUGAAUAUUCCGAUGUUAGGUGAAUCAUGGGGCUUAAAUUACUGGCUUAUUACAUGCUAUCCAUAAUGUCCAAAGGUUUGGGUUCGUCUGAGAACAUGCUUGUUUCAAGAUGGAUCCAGGUUCCAAAACUUGUCUGAUAUUAGGUUCAUUUGUUCAUUUCAAUUUGUAUCCAAUUGUGGUUCAUGUAUGCUCACCUGGACUGUCUGACCAGGAUAGUGUUUAGUAAGAUGGAAGUUGUAGUGUCUGUAAACCGUCCCACUACAAUGUGCACUCACUGUUGCCGUCUUUGGAUAGAAAUCGGUAUUAAAAUACAAAACUGGCACUUGCUAGUGUAAAAUUUGAUAGUUUAACCAAACUAUCUUUGAGACAGAUAAUGCAGUUUAAAAUUUUGAGAUUUAAGUAAGCCCAUAGUGUACCAAAACUAGUACUUAGCAGAACUGUUUUUGCCAUGAUCACUUCACACUUAUUGUAAAAGUUUUACAGAGGUAAAUUAAUCACCUUGCAAUAUUUUUAAUAAAUUUUAGUUAAAAGAUCGGGUGAUCGCUUAUCUAGCACCAUUUUAAAAUGAUUUUUAGCUUUCCUCGAGUUUGGUAAUGGCGAAGACUGCAGAACAACCAAGACCAAAAUUGAAUCUUUUGUUAUUUAUUUAUACAUGUACUCUGUGAGUUGUGAAUGAAUAGUUAAUCAAACAAACCCAACAGCUGUUUUGAAUGCAUUAUUGUUGCAAUUCUUGAAUCAAGACUACUACUUAAGCUUGUUUUAAAAGUUACCUGUAGUGCACAAAUUUUCAGGCGAGUUGUGUCCUUUGAAUUUUCUAUAAUUAUGUCUUUGGAAAAAGCCGAUUAGCUUGUCUUCAGGAUAAGAGUGGACAUAAUGUUUACUUAUCUGGCUAUUUUGUUAAUUAUAGUAGGGUGGGUAUUGGGGGGUAUUUCCCAUUGUCAUGAUGGAAUUAUUUGGAAAUCAUGUGUUCACUGUUAAUUUUACUACUAUAACUGGUAGUCACAUUUUUCCUCUACAAAAUUAUCAUUCUGGAUUUUCUUAUCCGUGUAAAAGUCCAAGAUUAAAGCAAAUAAUUUGACAGCUAGUCAUUUUUGUCAUUAUUUAAUAUUUCAUUGGUGAAUCAUUGUUACAUUGUCUGCCAUUACAAUAAAAUGUAAAGUUUUGUACACUUGUCUGCUACCACAAUGAAAUGUAAAGUUAUGUACAAAUGUUCUUGACAAUCCAUGUACCCGGUAAAAAGAAAAUGAUUAAGUGGAAGAAUGUUCAUUUAAAAACCGCUAAAAGUCGUGCUUAUUUAUAUAAAUUAGAAUUUGUAGCUGAUUUUUUAAAUAUUUGCCAUUCAGUAUUACGUGCAACUUUAUGGAAAUGUCUUGGCAAAAAUGUAUGUUAAAAAUAUCGGCCAAAACCGGUGGUUAUAUGCAGCAAACUUGUUGACAUUUUUAUUAUUUGAAAAAAAAAGCCAAAUAUAUAGACAGUAAUGUUUUCUCUUAAAUUUUUUUAAUUUUUUUAUUAUUAUUUUUAUCUUUAAUUUUUUUUUAAUUUAUGCUAAAUGUUAUUUCUGUAUUUGAAAGAAGAAACAAAUAUGUGAUGCAAAUUAUGUGGAUUCUUUCAGAGAUGUGAAUUUUAGCUUUUUUUAUUAUUAUAUAUAUUUUUUUUUAUCAGAUUUCAUUCUUUUUUGUGUAAACUUGCAGUCACAAGACAAUUGAUGUUCUACUGUUCCCUUUUCUUUGUGUCAUCAUUUGUGAAAUUAUCCAACUAGCCCGGAUUAAAAUAAACAUUUACUCCCUAUUAUAAAGCAGAGUGGAGUUUUGGGGUCCACAUAAUUUAUGACCCUUUUAUUUUGACCUGUGACCGAGAAUGUACAUUUUCUUACAUUGCACUGAUGGAUGCAUGUUUUUAUUGUUUUAUGUUGAUGUGCUUGACAAGUGGAUGAAUUGGGAGUAGACUGUUUGUGUGUUACUACACAGAACGCUUAAGUAGCAACUGAAUCUCUGUUCCCUUAGUUGCUCUGAAAUUAGUCAUUCAGUGUUACGUCAUCUUAACAAGUUAAGACUUGUUCUGUACUUCAUAUAGAUGUGGAGCAGUAGCCUUGGUUUGUUGAGAUGGUGCAGACAGAUGUAUGCAUAAUAUGUAUCUUUCCUCUUUUUUUUCCAAGAAGAUAAAAUAACUUUCCUUCUUUCUGUUUUUUAAGAAUGUAAAAUAAAACUAAAAUAACUCAUAAAAGCAAAUAAAACCAAUAUAACUUUUAUUCAGCAUAUUGAAAGAUAAUUGGGUAACAAAUUACUUUUUUAGAAUUUUGCUAAUGAUGUGUAUGAAAAAAGAUUUUUUUUUUUCCUUCUUUUUUUCUCAAAAAAAUUAAAUAAAUUAAAAUACAUGUAGUGUGUAUUUGUAAGUCGAGAUCAGACUGUUAAAUGUAUUUGUGCAUUCUGUGUAUUGAUUUUUGUUUUAAACUGUGACUGUUUUUUCUCUCUCAACUGAAUGUGUGAUUGCCUGUAUAUAUUCACUGUACUUUAAAACUAUGGUGAUGAGAAAACCAACCAUGUCUGUAUAUAUAGUUCAUAUAAAAAAAAAAAAAAUCCAAAAAACCAAAAAAAACCACCCUGAUCUCGGAUGAUGAGAUUAAAAAAACAAUGUAUAUUGUAUCUAAUGAUUUGUUUUGUUUUCCAUUUUCUGAUCCAAGCAGAAGUAAAAAAAAAAAAAAAUCUUUUUUUUAAAUUUAAUUUUUUUUUUUUUUUUUUUUGAGAAUUUACUGCCUGUGAUGUAGUUUGAUAAACAUACAUUUCAUAAAGUGAUUUAAUUUAAAUUGUGAAGUUUAGCUACAUGCAUAAUUCUUCCGUUAAAGUACACAUAACUAACCUUUUUACAUGAUUUAACUAAAAGCAACUUGUCUACAUUCGUGAUUUUCCAUAUUUUAUAUAAUUAAUAAAUUAAGAAUGAGGCUGAAAUGUGGAUUCUGUUAAAAUGUAGUUUUUUGUGUGUCUCAUUAACUCUUUUAAAAAACAAAAACAGACAGCAAAGCAAUACAAAAAACCCAACAUAUAUAUACCAGUAUAUAUACACACCAGGGUACCAAAUUUCUAGUCUUGACAAUUGACUUGUGCUACGGUAUUGGGGAUUUGUCCAGGCAUUCUGCAGUAGGUCUACCGAACAUAGGCCUCUUCCCACAAGCAAGUGGCACUGAAAAUUGCCAAUUUGAUAUACAGUAUAAAUAUUUUGAUAAUUAUCUUUGGUCUGAAAAAUUAAUUAACAAUGUUGUAUUGCCAUUAUUAAAUUUUCCUUUAAAAAAACAUCGCAAAUUAUGAUUAAGUUAUUCGUAUCACAUUAGACAUGGACCCUGCUGAAACAAUCCUGGAUAAAUCCCUGGGUAUUGUCAAUCAAAUAGUGAUGAUAGAAAAGUUACGUCUCAAUAGUCCUUUAAAUUAAUGAAAGCACAUGAUAACAAUGUACUUUAUUUUGAGGAUUUUCAAAAGGAAAGUGACAUUUAAAUACAAAUUGUUAAAAAAAAAAAAAAUACUCUAAAAAUGUGUGAUAUUUUAUUUUUAUAUUUUUGUUUUACUGCAUAUCUUUUUAUUUCUGUGAUGUGCCUUGGAAGUAAAUAAUAAUAAAAACAGGUUAUUUGAAUUUGAAAAGAAUUAACAUUACUAUAGUCUUGUUAUUCAUUGCACAAGUAGUGUUAACCAUGCAUGGAUAAAACAAGACAUUACUUACAUUGUACAUUACAAGUUGAAUAGAAGCAUUUUAGUUUCAUAAGAAUGUCCAUUUUAAAUAGCUCGUUAAAGAAAAGGUUAGAAAAAGAAAGAAAAAUCGAAAGUAAAAAAACAUAUAUAUAUUGGCAUAAAAUGUUGAAAACCAACUAAAUAGAUGUAGUUACUUGUACUUGGAAAUUCAUGCUAUUUGAUAAAAUGGUGCAAUAAUCGAACCACAAUUUGACCGUGUAAUUUCUGUAUGCCAUUAUACAUGUAAUUUUAAUUCAAUAAAUAAAAUGAAACAAA